AUGUUUAAUAUCUGUUCAUCCCAUUCAUCCCACAGGGAACACUACAUCGGAGAGUAUCUGCUCCUCAAAACCAUCAAAAAGGGGCCGUCUUCGGAGGUGCGUUGGGCUCAGCACAUACUAACCGGGGCACAUGUGGUCAUAAAGGCUAUUAGGCGGAAGGGCAUAUCUAGAUUUUUUGAGGAAGUGCACUGCUUCAAAAGGGUGAGUCACCCCAACAUAACCAAACUCUUUGAGGUGCUUGUCACCCCUGACAAGUAUUUUUUAGUAAUGGAGCACGUUGGGGGAGGAAACCUCCUAGAAUACCUGGAGGAAAACGGCGCAAUGGACGAGGGAGAAGCCCGCACCGUGUUCCGGCAGGUAGUAUCCGCGGUCCAACACUGCCACCAGAAAGGCGUGAUCCACAGGGACCUGACACCAGACAACAUCCUCAUAGAGGUUGAUGACACUAUCAAGUUAUCCGACUUUCAUUUUAGCACGCAGGUGAGAGAAGAUACGCAGUACACCUUCUGUGGCUCCAUAGAUUACUCGGCCCCAGAAAUUUUAAGGAGGAACAUCUAUGAUGGCCGAAAAGUGGACGUGUGGAGUUUGGGGGUAUUAUUAUACAAGAUACUAACAGGGGUGACACCGUUUGCGGGGGACAACAUUGCUGAGGUGAAGAGUCAGAUACUGAGUGGAAACUACCAGGUACCAAGCUUUAUGUCAGGGGGGGUUCAAAGACUUCUAAGAAAAUUACUCACUGUAGACCCUAACAAGAGACCAACCAUGGAAGAUGUGAUGAAAGACCCGUGGGUCAACAAGGGCCACAAGAAAAUUCUGAAGCCAUACAGGGAGCCGCCAAGGGGUGAGUUGGACCCGCAAAUAAUGAAAACGAUGCUUAGCCUCGGCUGUAUACCCGACUACAUCCAAGAAUCACUAGCACAAAGAAAAUUCGAUCAUUUGAUGGGCACAUACCUGAUCCUCAGAACGAUGAAAACAAAGAUGCCAGGCCGCAAAAUCAGGGUAAAGCCUUUCCGUACCUCUUACACCAGUAGCUCCAGUACCACAGCCUCGAGCCAAGAGGGUGCUCGCCUAUUUGACAAGAAGACCAAGAGCCUGAGGUUGAGGGUGACCACUACCCAACCCACCCUGGACACCAUGACCACCACUGCCUCAGAGUCCAGCACAGAUACCUCCAUUAAAGACAUCAGGUAUUCCAUUGAGAUUGGCCGCAGCAGCGAGAGCAGCAGCAGCAGCACCACCAGCAGCAGUGGGGGAGACGCCCAUAGAAGCUCCCCGGCCUGGCAGGAGGUGGCUAGGAGGGCCUUCCAGUUUCUAUUAAAGUUUGUGUGCUGUGGGUCAUCUUCCAAGAAGGAAGAUCACAAAAGGUCAAAAAUCAGGACCACGGCCAACUUGAAGCAUGAGGAGACAGCUGCUGAAAGGCACUAUAUUCCUCAAGAAAAGAAGCCUCACCCUAAAGUCUGGUAUCGGGACCAGGAGUCCUCCAUAUGGAAGGGUCCGGUAGAGCUACUAACUUGGGGAAGAGGGUAUGCUUAUGUUUCUCUCCCUACAGGACCUUUGUGGCUGCCAGCAAAGCAGGUGAAGCCCUACCAUGAAGUUCCAGGCGCAGACAAUUGUGACCGAGUUUGCAAUCGUGAACUUUCAGGACACACCCCAGUGGAGGCGUCGUCAGUUCUGGGGUAG